UAGGGGUUCCAACAAGUUCCAGUGAUUAUUACGAUCAACCGUCGUCAUUUACGGUUUCUGAAGGAUUUUCACCAGCAUAACCAAAAAGGGAAGGGGCGGGGGGGAAUCAAUGGGUGGUGGUGUUCCUCCCAAACAACCUUUAUUUUGCUUAAAAUGGCCAUGGGAUGUCCAUUCAAACGCUAAUCCCACGGAUUCCUGCUCUUCGGGACCUCCUUGGUUAUUCAAAUCAUUUCAAACUGUCGCCUCUCUCGCGUUAACAGUCGUUGAUUCGAUUUCAAAACCCCAAAUCAGAACCCCGCUCCAGUUCUCCUCGAAGACGACAAGGACCAAGGAUUUGGGUGUAGAGGAACAAGGGGAGUUAGAACAGAAAGCAUUGGCGUGCGCCUUGGCCAAUGGUAAAGAUGCUACGGUGAUUGAGUUCUACUCUCCAAAAUGCAGUCUUUGCAAUUCAAUGGUUGAUUUUGUGGGGCAUGUGGAGAAUAAUAAUGCUGAUUGGCUCAACAUUGUUAUGGCUGAUGCUGAGAAUGACAAAUGGUUGCCUGAGCUUCUCCAUUAUGACAUAAAGUAUGUUCCAUGUUUCGUAUUGCUGGAUAAGCAUGGAAGAGCUCUUGCCAAGACGGGUGUUCCAAGCAGCCGGCUCCAUGUUGUUGCAGGUGUUUCUCAUCUCCUAAAAAUAAAGCGCUCAUCUAAAAAAUAAACCAUUACAAUGCAGCUAUAAGUGGCAGCAUCCUCAUUUCCCAGUCCCCAUGUGGUUAAGUAGCUUUCAACUUCAUAGUAACAGAACUAUUUGAGUUUUUGUAUAUUACCUAUUGUAAAUCAAUUGUAUGAACUUGAAUUACAAGACAUUUCAACGAACACAAUCUCUUGUUUCA